AUGCCUACUUGGAAGACUUCACUCAUCGGGCUACUCGCCGGUCUAAGCUGCAUCUCAGCAGCUCCUAUAGAAACAUUGACCGACGAAGGCACUUUGAUGGUGGCACAUGACACUGGAAAAGAAGGUCCAGAAUUUUCCCUCCAGCUUCUGUAUAACAUCCUCCUCGAGGACAAAUACAAGUACAUCCCCUUCCGAGGGAAGCAAGGAAUGUCAGUGGACCCUUGUAAGGGCCUAGUAAAGAGCAAUCCCUUUGAGCAACUCCACAUUACCCAAGUAGGCAAAGACUCCCGUGCCAACGCCAUCGAUCAUCCUCCGUUUCCCAGCGCCGAAGUCUCGGUUUCUAUAGAUGUUCCCGGCAAAAAGGACUGCCGUUACGUAGGCAAUGGCGUCGACGCUGGCCAGAUUCGAUGCGGAGAUCAAACUGUCAGCAAGUGUGGGAAAGAUCCUCAGUACGAUGAGCCUACCUUUAAGUGCACAUGGGGCCGGAUUUAUCAUCGCGGAUACUCCUGCGAGUUCUGA